AUGUGGAAAGUAAGGAAGAAAGAAGGAAGUGAGAUAAAUAAUCAUUUUGUCAUUGAGAGGGAAAAAAAAGGUAAAUCGUUGUUGAGUUGGAAGAACUUCUGACAGCAGAGAAAGUUAAGAAUAUAAGUCUUUUUCUGUGCGUUUUUUCUUUCCGUGAGUGUGGAGCACGUGCCAAAGCAUCACAAAACCGCUAAAACUGGAAGUGGCGUUAGAAAUAACAUAAACUUUUGCCAUGUUACAGCUCAGUUCUUUCUGUCAAUGUGGCUACCAUGAAUGAUCCACCUGCAAGGGGAUAACGUAAAAUUCGUUUUUAGCCGUUAGAAAGAGACCAAAACUUCCUACCUUUUUCUGUUUGUGUACUAUAUAAGCAACAACAUUGGUUAUGUCUUUGGUGUUUAUUCUAUACACUAAUUAGUCUUUAUCAAUCACCAAAGCCUCUCUUAUCUUUUCUCCAAAAUGGCAACAUUGAUGCUGAAGUUAAUGCUUCCUCUACUUUUCCUGUUCAUGAUUCCUCCAAAAACAGCAUAUGCAGAGUUUGAGCAAUGGUGUGUGGCUGAUGAGCAGGCCACUGUGAAUGAAUUGCAGGCAGCCUUGAAUUGGGCAUGUGGAAAAGGAGGUGCAGAUUGCAGAAAAAUCCAAGCGAACCAACCUUGCUAUCUUCCAAACACAUUAAAAGACCAUGCUUCUUAUGCCUUCAACAGCUACUAUCAGAAAUUCAAGCACAGUGGAGGUUCUUGCAACUUCAGAGGAGCUGCCAUGACAACAGAAGUGGAUCCUAGUCAUGGUUCUUGUCACUAUGACUUCAUUCCAUGAUCGCAACUGUGACAGAAGACUUAAAAUAACUGCAG